AUUUAAAGUCUAUGCUGAUCAGAAUGAUGAGCUGCUUGCUGUACAACUUCAGAAGCUCCUGAAUGACAGAUUCCCUCAUGGGAGUGGCCACAGGGGCUUUAGUCUGGAUGCCUGCAGGAGUAUGAUUGCCUUGGUGGAUCUCGAUCAAAGGAUGACAAUGACCUUUACUGAAUUCUCAAUUCUCUGGAAGAAGAUUCAAGAAUACAAAAAUCUCUUUCAUCGCUCUGAUGUGAAUGAAAAUGGAUCCCUGUCUGAUGAUGAGCUCCAGAAUGCGAUUAAAGCUGCAGGAAUGGAUGUGAAUGAUGCCAGUGUGGGGCUGAUGAUGUCUCGAUAUUCAGGCUUCUCCACCACCUCUUUGGAGGAGUUCAUCACUCUCAUGUUGCGCCUGGAUAAGAUGUCAGACAUUUUCAAGGGCAAAUCAUCUGAUGGUGUGAUCCACCUGAACUGGGAUGAGUGGUCUCUCAUCUCCAUGUAUAACUAGACCAGACCAAAUCAGGAGAACUGAGAAGAUUCCUGCAAUCAUACUUGCUUUUACGUCUUAAUGCACCAGCUUUUACAGGGGUGGCCAGGCUGAGAUUAUUUUUUUUCCUUUUGCUUUUUCUUUCUUUCAAACCAAACCACUGUAGGCCAAAAAUGUGAUCUUUUUUGUCCAUUUCCUUUCAUAAUUUUCAUAAUACAAAACGUUAUCAUUAUUCAAGUUACCAGCAAUGGCUAGCAAAAGUUCCAUUCAUAAACUAUUAGGGUGCCAUGGUCAGAUAGGUAUACCUGCUAAUUAGUGCUUAGUAACUUUAUAACAUACUAGAACUAGGUUUUAGAGCCAGCUUAAGGGGUGCAGUUUGGGGGGGGGGGGGGUUCAGGGGGGGAUUACUUGGGGAAUCCCCAAAGUAUUUAGACCAAAAAAUGUAAACCAUUUUCUUUAUUUUUCCUUUUUUGUUUAAUAUUGUUGUGACACAAAUGAGCAAACUGAUUAUUUGACAGUUAACUUUCCUUCAUUCUAUUACUAAGAGGAUGGAUGAAGUUAGGAUCAGACAAUUAGUGAUCUAACUUCCUCAACAGUGAUCAAUACCUGUGUUUGAGCAAAUUAUACAUUAAAAUUAGUCCAUCACUGAAUACACCAGAAAAAUAAAAAGUGAAUGAACACAUCACCAGUUCAGAAGUCAAAUCUGCAGUUUAGCAGCUGAGAUAAAACAAUUUACACUCAUUCAUUUAGGACAGGAUACAAGAGGCUCUCUAGAAAAAACCCCUCAUAUUUUACAGCUCAACAUUUUUAUUUUUACAAAGAUAAAACACAAAUCUGCAUUUCUUUGCCAGGGACUGUGAAAUAUUUGCACACUUUCAGUCUGUUCAUUGUAUGGUGGUUACAGGAAAAGGUUGGUAAUGUUCUAUAAUCAUAUUAAUGUUCCAUGAAAAGGCUAUAACCAACAAUAUACUUACCCUACUAACAAGUACUGUCAUCUUACUCAGUUUGAGCUUUACAGUUGUUCAGAAACAUUAUGAAGUCCAUUAUGAAAUCCACACUGCUGCAGUGGGAGGAUGUUCUUUAAAAUGAACACAAACAUUGCAGUUUAUCUCAUCCUGUUCUAGUUUUAAAGCCCCACUAGUCCACCAUGUACGCAUUAAUCCACAGUGAAAAAUAGUCCUUAAAAAUACAUUUUCCCAAUUUCCUCCAGUUUGAGGAUUUUCCCCCUAAACAUUUAAAUAAGGCUCUUACAUACAGCUUCAUGUUAAGAUGUUAAAAUGUUUAUUUUUCAGUAGGAACCACCCUACAGGUUCAGUUAGCACUAAGUGUUUAAAGAAGAAAAAAAAUCAUCUGCUUUUUUAAGGGAUGUCUUUUAAACAAAAUAUAAAAUAUU